CGGACCAGGAAGAAGCAGUCGGCGGCAACGGCGGCUCCACGUGUCAGGGCGGGGCGAGGCAGCGCUCGGGCUGGGCAGGGCUGGAGCUGCUGCGCGCUAGCAAGGGAGCGAGCGAGGCAGCGGCAGGCAGGCAGGAGGGCGAGCGAGCGAGCUAGGAGGCUGCUGCGGCAUUGACGGCGCCUCGCCUCUGCCUCCUCCCCUGGUCAGCAGCUCUGUGCCCCGCGCCACCUCCCACCGCAGCUGCGUCGCCGGGUCCAGGCGGGAUGGGACCCCUCCGGGAAAGCAGCAAGGUGAGCGCACGGCGAAGGGGCUCGCAGGUGGGACGGGCUAGGGACGGGAUGGGACACCUCGGGGACAGCCGCCAGGUGAGGUAAGAGGGCUCACCGGUGGGGCUGGCGAGGAGGAUGAGGAAAUCAGGAUGUGCGUUUGUGGGUGCAGGUCCGUGCACGUGCAGCCCCAAAGACAGGCGUUCGGUGUGUCGCGUGUACGUGUGAAUGCUUGCCCUAAUGUGUGCGGGUGAAUGCGGGGUGUUGUAUGUGCUGGCACCGGAGUUCAAGCUUUGGCUAAGGCAAGAGCGGUGUUUAAGACUAGGAAACACCAGCAGAAAAAAGUGGGAUGAUGAAUAUUUUCACUUUCCCCUCCCCUCCACUCCUCAUCUCUAAAAUGCCCAGCAACAGACGCUAAAAGAGCAAACGCUGCUGAGUCCGCCCCUGAUGGAGUCUGACAUCAUUAAGGCAAAAUUUGUGGGAUUCAGGGUGUGUGCGUUUAUUUGAGGAAGUGAAGUCGAAUAGGGUGGAUGGGGAUGUGUGGGGCAAGGGAUCGGGGUGAAGGAAAUUCAUAAGUGGGGGUCCCCAAGCAAAGGGGAGAUGAAAGGUGUCUCUCGCCCUCCCCACCUUCCUUGCAACAGCAUCACCCAGAAGAGUGUCCCUCGAGUCCAUCUCUGAUGGAGUCUGACAUCAUCACUGCUGCUGUGCCCCUGCCGCAGAUUUUUCUCUGGAGUGGAGGUUUUGCGGGGGGGGGGGCAGGGAGAGACCUAGCUCACAAUUACGUCACCCCAAAGCUGGGAAGGCUGACCAGAAUCCCCAUUUUCUCUGGGCAUUCCUUCCCCCAUCCUCUUUGCAUUUGCCCGAACCUCUUGGGGGCUGUAGCCCUGCCGAUACAGGUGGCAAAGAUGCUGCAAACGGCUGCGAUAAUUGCCUUUCAGUGCUUUUCCAGCUGAUCCAAUUUUAGCACAGUAAUUGCAGUGCUGGUACUCGGUUGUCUUUGCAUAGGAUCUGUGCAUCUCCAGUCUGGAAAACCUUUCGCUUUUAGCUGUUGACUUCUGGUUUUUUCUACCUCUCCGGCAGGGGAGUGCACUUCUGUGUGGAUGCUCACACACACAUAUUGAUCGAACAAGGCUAACCCGCAUCUGCUAGGUGUGGAUACAAGAGGAGGCUUUUUAUGGCGAUAUGUUGGACUGUUGCACAAGAGCAAAACUCCAGCAUUUACAGAUUGCUGGAAAAGCCCUGCGAGCCAUUUUGCAAUUACGAUGGAGUUGCCUCAGCAGCAGCAAAUCGCAUCUUCCUAGCAAGUAGACCAUGUGACGAAUACAUAUGCUUGCAAAGAUGCUUGCCACAUCAAUGUCUGCAUGUGACAUUUCCCACAUUCUCGCCUCGUUUUUAGCUCUGCUCAGUUCAGCAGUGGCAUAACAGCCGCUGCAAAUCGCUUCCGCAUGGGCAGAACCACAGUUAGGCUGUGUGCACGACAAACAUUUAAAGCACAUCGUCUAACCUGCACAGAGCUAUAAUUCCCAGCACCCUUAACAAACUAUAGCUGCCAAGAUUCUUGGCGGGAGGAGGGAGGUAAUGUGCUUGGCAUUUAUGGUGCACAGAACCUUAGUACAGUGGUACCUCGGGUUACAUACGCUUCCAGUUACAUACGCUUCAGGUUACAGACUCCUCUAACCCAGAAAUUGUACCUCGGGUUAAGAACUUUGCUUCAGGAUGAGAACAGAAAUCAUGCUCCAGUGGCGCGGCAGCAGCAGGAGGCCCCAUUAGCUAAAGUGGUGCUUCAGGUUAAGAACAGUUUCAGGUUAAGAACGGACCUCCAGAAUGAAUUAAGUACUUAACCCAAGGUACCACUGUAUCAUGUUCAUCAUUAGUGUAGUUUCAGUCUACAUCAAGGAAAUAAGAUAAGACAUAUCCAGCCAGUCCAUCUGGCUUUGUACUGCGUCCAGAAUUUUAGGUCCAGGAUUUUAGCUACUAGCCAUGAUGACUAUGAUCUGCCUCCACAGUUGGAGGCCAGCAAUGCUUCUGAAUACCCAUUUCUGGAAACCACAGGAUGGGAGAGUAAUCUUGUGCUUGGGUUUCUUGCUGAGGGUUUCCUACAGGCAUGUGCUUGUCCACAAUGAGAACAGGAUACUGAACAAGAUGGGCCAUUGCCCUGAUCCAGCAGCUCUUAUGUUCUUACGUUGUGCCAUUGAGAUGGCCCUUCCAUGUGGCUCACUGUGGCCAACUGGAAUGCUGUCCAUGGGCAGCUCCACCUGAGCAGAAGCAGUUUUUGGUGGGGAUCAUACCAUCAUAGAUUUGGGAGGGAUCCCAAGGAUCACUGAAGUCCAACCUCCUGCAAUGCAGGAAUAAGCAGCAGUCCUGUAUGGGGAUCGAACCUGCAACCUGGGCGUUAUCAGCACCAUGCUCUAGCCAACUGAGCUAUCCAGGGGUGUUAGCUGAUCUGCUGACUCCAUACAUUGAGCCAGACCUUUGGGUGGGGCGGGGCUGGGAAAUACGUAUGGACUGAUGUGCCCAUUGUCUCUGUCAUUGGAAGGAGCAUAAAAUGCAGGACAAGGAGAUCUGCCGCAGCCGCAUUCCUCGCCUGGUCCUCCGGCCUCAUCUCCCCCAGCAGCAGCUCCGCCACCAGAAAGUGUCCCCGGCAUCUGAGUCACCCUUCUCGGAGGAGGAAAGCAGAGAAUUCCACCCCCUCAGCUCUUCUGGAGGGUCUGCAAGGACCAUCAGCAGCAACAGUUUCUGCUCAGGUAGUAGAAGAAACAGUGUGUCUGUGGCAAUGCUGAUAUUAUAGUCCAGAGAUGGAGAACUAGUAAUAAUAAUAAUAAAUUUUAUUUAUACCCCGCCCUCCCCAGCCAAGACUGGGCUCAGGGUGGCUAACACCAGAUAUAAAACAAUUGAUUAAGACAGAACUUUAAAAAAGAUUAAAAUACAACAUUAAAAUGCAGCCUCAUUUCAAUAGAAACUCAAGUCAAAAACUUUUGGGGGAUGAAAACGUCAAAUCUUCACCAAGGCCAACUAUCCAGACUGGUCCUACGUGGGCCAGGAAAAAGCCAGGGAAGUCCCCAAAUAGGAGUUCCAUCACAGAAGGAGAAAGGAAAAAGGAAAUAGGGGGAGGGAAUCACGUUGAUUCCAAGCCAAAGGCCAGACAGAACAACUCUGUCUUACAGGCCCUGCAGAAAGAAAUCAGAUCCUGCAGGGCCCUGGUCUCAUGAGACAGAGCAUUCCACCAGGCCGGAGCCAGUGUUGAAAAGGCCCUGGCUCUGGUUGAGGCUAAUCUAACUUCCUUAGGGCCCGGGACCUCUAGGGUGUUGCUAUUUAUGAACCUAGUAGGUAUGAUAGCCAUGAUGACUAUGUUCUGCCUUGACAGUUGGUGGCAGUGGAGGGCAGAGUGCCCUUGUACUCAAGUCUUGCUUGAUCAUUUCCCACUGGCAUCUGGGUGGCCACUGUGAAAGCAGGAAGCUGGAUUAGAUGAGCCAUUGGCCUGACCAUUAGGUUCUUCUUAUGUUCUCCAGAUAUUGUUGAACUGCAAGUCCCAUCAUGCCAGGCCUUUGGCUAUUUGGGAAAGGAUAUGGGGUAUUUAUUGGAAAAUGAAAGUAAUAGACACAUUAUAAUUGCAUGUUCAAGGGAAUGUCCUAUCAUUGUCAAGUAACUGUACAAUCUUUAGAGGACAUCUGAAGGCAGUGCUGCAUAGGGAUUUUUAAAUGUUUGAUGUUUUAUUAUGCUUUUAUAUUUGUUGGAAGCCACCCAGAGUGGCUGGGACAACCCAGUCAAAUGGGCGGGAUACAAAUAAAAUUAUUACUAUUAUUAUUAUUACUAUUACUGGAGGGGGUUGGGCCUCCACUCCUAUCAGCCACUGCCAUCAUGGUCAAUGGUCAGGGAUCAUGAGACUUGUAGUCCAACAACAACUGGAGGGCUAUAGAUUCCCCAUGCAUUUUAGCCCAAUUGCUUUUCCUCUCUACCCAAGAAAAUAGAAUAACUUCCUAACGGGGUCAGUGGUAGCAAAUACACCAACUGAAACCUGUAGAAAAUUAAUCAAUUUGCUGCAUAAUGGGAGCCUAGGAAGCCAGGUCCAGCUAUAUCAACAUUGUCUACACUGAAUGACAGCAGCUCUCUUUAGGAUUUUAGGCUAAGUUCCCUCCCAGCCCUGCCUGGAGGUGCUGUGAGUUGGACUUGGGAUCUUUUGUAUGCAAAGCAGAUGCUCUUUCACUAAGCUGCAGCCCUUCUCCAGUUACUUUGUCAGAAAUGUAUCCCAAGAGGCACCAAAUAUAUAUUGCUGUAUUUUUCCACAUUGCCAAUUGCCUGGCUCCGUACAGUGGAGCUUUAGAGAGAAAUAAAGUCACUGUCAAUGAAACUCAGCUCGGAGCACAUGAAGCAUGUGCUGCUGACUGAAAUCAGAUGUUUCUGUUUGGAUUAGUAAGUGUUUAUCUUGAACGCUGCAUGAAAAAAAAAUUGGCAUGCCCAUUUUAAACAGAGCUGAGGUUUACACACUUGGAGACUCUUGAAGGGUGAGGUUCACCCAGGAGCAGCUUAGAUCUGCGAAUUUAAGUUUGCAUGUGAAACGAGAGGGGUAAUUGGUUCAGGAGAGUUCCGAUUUACAGUUUCAAAAGAUGGUUUCUAAAGAGAGCUUAUAUCCAAAGGUGUUUCUAAUCCCUGUCUCAAUUAAAAGUGACCCAGCAGAUGUCAUGCAACAACACUGAUUUGUGACACCCAACCUCCCACUGCUUCACUGUGUCACAUGUGUGGGUCAGUAAUCAAAUAAUGACCAUCUAAUACAGGUGUAUGGAACUUUUGGCUCUCUAGAUGCUGCUGAACUACAACUGCCAUCAUCCCUGGCCAUUGGCCAUGCGUGCUUGCUGGAGCUGAUGGGAGUUGCAGUUCAGCAACAUCUGGGGGGGCCAAAUGUUUGCUGCACCUGGUUCCAUAUAAGCAAUGUUGAGUGUGGAAAUUACAGCAUGCAAAUGAAAAUACAGUCUUGCUCCACCUCCAUCCCCUGCAGAUAUUGAUACUAAUUUGACUAGUGGGAAUUUUCCUAUAACCACACAGUGGCUUAGUGAUUCAAGUCCAAAGACAAUUUGGAACAGCUCAGCAAGGGAGAGUGUACAAGGAGGCACAAGGGAUUUCUUAGUUAUAGGGGAACAUCUACACUGCUAAUAAUGUACAUUGGCUUUCUAAGAACUCAAGUCAAAGCUGUAUGCAACAUCACUCUUCCCAUUUGUGGUUCCUAGCAACUGGUUAUUUAGAGUCCUACUACCUCUAACAGAGAGGGAUGCAGGUGGCGCUGUGGGUUAAACCACAGAGCCUAGGGCUUGCCGAUCAGAAGGUUGGUGGUUCGAAUCCCCGCAACAGGGUGAGCUCCCAUUGCUCGGUCCCUGCUCCUGCCAACCUAGAAGUUCAAAAGCAUGUCAAAGUGCAAGUAGAUAAAUAGGUACCGCUCCGGCGAGAAGGUAAACAGCGUUUCCGUGCGCUGCUCUGGUUCGCCAGAAGUGGCUUAGUCAUGCUGGCCACAUGACCCGGAAGCUGUACGCCGGCUCCCUCAGCCAAUAAAGCGAGAUGAGUGCUGUAACCCCAGAGUCAGCCACGACUGGACCUAAUGGUCAGGGGUCCCUUUACCUUUACCUUACAUCUAACAGUGUGCUAGAUCAUGGCUGCUAACCACUGAUAGCCUUGUCCUCCAUGAAUUUGUUCAAUCCACUUUCACAGCUAUCCAAUUCAGUGGCUAUCGUUGCCUCUCCGGGGAGUGAAUUCUGUAGUUCAACUUCAUUCUGUGUGGAGGAAGUACUUAUUUUUGCCUACCACUUUAACUUUCACAGUUUCCCCCAGUAGGACUUAUAGUUCAAAGAGGGUGACAAGGAUUCUAAGCAGGCCUCCGGCUCUGUCUUUCAGAGGAGAGGGAGCGGCUGUUAAAUAUACCCCGAAUGACAGUGCACGGCAGUCGCAGAGCCGGGACUCCCGUCAUAAUUGGUGCCAAAAGCAGCCCUGCUAAGCUUUUCACAAUUGGGCAGGAGGAGAGCUGGAUUGGCAGGGCUGCUUAAAGAAAAGACUUGCUGACUCAUAAAGUAUAACCACAUGUGUGGAGAAGUUACAGCCACCCUCCCUGCUGUACCCAUCUUUUUUGCUUUAAGUGCUUCCCCAGCGUGCUCCCAUUGAAAAAAGGGGUAUGAUAGCAGACAAUUGCUGGCUGGUUGUGGUGGGGGUGGACAAGUGAAAGUGGGGGCAGGGCUGUGGUUGUCUUGCUCUUCUCCCUUCUUAUGACUGCUCUGCUCCUUUAGUUGGUACCUUUUGGGUCUCUGCUGUGCUGCUCUGCUCUUUCCCUAACUCCUUGACUGGCUAGCAGGCAGGCUAGAUAUAGUGAGGAGAUGAAGAAGAGUUUGGAUUUGAUAUCCCGCUUUAUCAUUACCCGAAGGAGUCUCAAAGCGGCUAACAUUCUCCUUUCCCUUCCUCCCCCACAACAAACACUCUGUGAGGUGAGUGGGGCUGAGAGACUUCAAAGAAAUGUGACUAGCAGCUGCAUGUGGAGGAGCGGAGACGCGAACCUGGUUCCCCAGAUUACGAGUCUACCGCUCCUAACCACUACACCACACUGGCUCUCAGUGGCAUAGCUCAGUGGUAAAGCAUUGGGUUCAGAACAUCCCAGGUUCAAUGUACAGCAGAUCUGGGGACCCCCAGUACAGUCAUACCUUGGGUUACAGACGCUUCAGGUUGCACAUUUUCAGGUUGCACACUGCACUGAACCCGGAAGUACUGGAACGGAUUACUUCCAGGUUUCGGCGCUUGCGCAUGCGCAAAAACACUAAAUCGCACUUUGCGCAUGCGCAGAAGUGCCAAAUCAUGACCCGCGUUUGUGCAGACGCGGCACUGUGGGUUGCAAAUGCUGCGGGUUGCGAAUGUGCCUCCCACACGGAUCACUUUCGCAACCUGAGCAUCCUCUGUACUGGGAAUGUCCCCAGUUUGAAGCCUUGCAGAGUGACUGCCAGCCAAUGUAGACCACAGCUUCUCAAAGGGUGUGGCAGGAGAGAAUGGCAAGUGUGGCAGGAAGAUUCAAGGAACAUCAAAGAAGCAUUUAAACAUUUCAGUUUAUCAAAAUAUUAUUAUUAUUAUUAUUAUUAUUAUUAUUAUUAUUAUUAUUAUUAUUUUGCAGAAUAUGGAUAGAUAUCUUUUGAAAAUGAGAGCAAGAGCAAAGAUUCUUUCUGUUGAUGAGGAGAUGAGAGUUUGUUUGUCUCAAAUUAGGCCUAAUAUAAAUGAGAUUAUCCAGCAAAAGCAAGUUCACACUUCUUACUGAGUUUGUAUACAUACUUAAGGUCCAUGUUUUUUUCCCCUUAAAAUUUUUUAGGGGUACUCUCAUUUUGUCUUAAGAAAAUCACAAUUUUAUAGUUCAUAUCAGGAAAAAUAAAUACAGUAAAUGGACAAAAGUACAAAGAUUCACAAAAUGUUUAGGGGUAUGCGUCCCCUUGUGUCCCCCCAGAAAAAAAGCACUGCUUGAGGUAAAUAUGUAAGAGGAUCAUUUAUAAUUAUAUUUUGGGAAUGAUUUGUGUUCUUAUGUAGCUGCAUUGUUCAUAAUAAUAAUAAUAAUAAUAAUAAUAAUAAUUUAUAUACUGUCCUGUACCAGCGGGUCUCAGGGCUUUUCACAGGGUAAAAUAACAAUAUUAUAACACAGAACACAUAAUCAAAAUAAAAACAGAAACAACUGAAGAACACCCCCACCCCAAAAAAACCCCACACCUUAAAAGGGCAACCAAAGGCCUGGUUAAAGAGGAAUGUUUUUGCCUGGCACCUAAAGGUACAUAAUGAAGCCACCGUGUCCCAUGAUCAUAUUAUAAAGUAGUUGUCUUCUAUGUUAUAAAUAAAGCACUUCUUGUUGUCCCCCUGCCUCAUGUAUUUCUUAUCAAUUAAAAAUCAGCCUGGCACGAGCAAAUUUUUAAUGUGAAAGGGUUGCCCAGAGGAAGGAAGUUUGAGAACCACUGAUGAAGACAAUAUUGAGCUAUAUGGACCAAGACAUAUAAACGACCCCAAGUGAUGAUAACAUAGCUCUGUGCAGCUCAACCUGUGUACAUCAUAUGUGAAAUCGUCAUAUGUGCACUUUUUUACACACUGUGGUACAGAGUGGGGGAACCCACUUGGACUACUGCAGCGUGCUCUCUGUGGACCUACCCUUGAGGGUGACUGGGAAACCACAACUAACCCAGAAUGUGCCUGCCAGACUGGUGCCUAGGAGCAGACUCUGGGGCCAUGUAAAACCAGUCCUAAAGGAUCUACAGUGGUACCUCGGGUUACAGGCACUUCAGGUUACAGACGCUUCAGGUUACAGACUCCGCUAACCCAGAAAUAGUACCUCAGGUUAAGAACUUUGCUUCAGGAUGAGAACAGAAAUCAUGCUCCGGUGGUGAAGUGGCAGCUGGAGGCCCCAUUAGCUAAAGUGGUGCUUCAGGUUAAGAACAGUUUCAGGUUAAAAACGGACCUCCAGAACGAAUUAAGUUCUUAGACUGAGGUACCACUGUACAUUGGCUCCCAGUACGUUUCCGAGCACAAUUCAAAGUGUUGGUGCUUACCUUAAAAGCCCUAAAUGGCCUCGGUGCUGUGUAGCUGAAGAAGCAUCAGCCCAGACAUUGAAGUCCAGCUCUGAGGGUCUUUUGGUGGUUCCCUCAUUGUGAGAAGAGAGGUUACAGGGAACCCAGCAGAGGGUACUUGCACCUGCCCAGUGGAAUGCCCUCCUGCCAGAUGUCAAACAGAUAAACAACUAUCUGACUUUUAGAAGACAUCUGAAGGUAGCCCUAUAUAGUUUUUAAUGUUUGAUAUCUUACUGUGGUUUUAUAAUUUGUUGGAAGCUGCCCAGAGUGGUUGGGUCAACCCAGUCAUAUGGGCAGCAAUAAAUAAAUUGUUAUUGUUAUUAUUACAGUGAAUGCUCCCUUGGACUCACUAGGACUUAUUUCCCCAAAACGUUGCAUAUAAUAAGAAUAAGGAUGCAUAGGAUUCUCUGUGGAAUAGGAUUUAUGCAUGCUGCAUAAACAUCCUGCAAAUGUUUUGAAAUGAGGCUAACUCUGGAUUAAUUCAUUUGUAAGUGGCAUCCUUGGUGAUAAAAUGAGAAUAAGAUUUCUGCGUCUGCAUUUUUACACAUUUUUUAAGAGAGAGAGGGUAUGGCCUGUCGAACUCAGUGGGGCUGCAAAAGUCACAGGAAGGUGUUGGGCUGUAUCCAACUAAGUUCUACUCAGAGUAAUCCAUUGGCAUUAGACAGGUCUGUUCAUUUCAGUGGGUCUACUCUGAGCACGGCUAACAUCGGCUGCCCCCCAUUAUUUCUUCUAUGAAAUUAUUGAUCGGCGGGGGGGAAAGCCAGCUUUCAAAACCCGCAUUUGUUCCAGCCAAUUGCAUGUGGAGCUCGUUAUAAAACUUCCAGCUGGAUGCUAGGCUUCGAUAAAAUGAAACAAAUGCUUUGGCGUGCGUGCUGUCUGUCAUCUGACAUUGAAACAGGCACCCUCCUGCCUUCCCCCUCCAGUUUGGAUUUCAGCUGCAGGGCUCAUAUGUCAAGCAGAGAGAAAAACAUUCUCCCAGCAGCAACGCCUGCCUCAUCAGCUGCCGAGUAUUUCACCACAUCAGGUCUGUUUUCCUUGUAAGUUGCAUAGUAGGGGCUCCUUGGGAGCGGUUCUCCACUGAGCGCUGCAUUUUACCUUGUCAACCUGGGAAAGGGGAUGUCCGCAAAGCAGUGUCAGCUAUUCAGCUUUGAAUGGCCCAUUCAUGGCCUGGGUGUUCCAGAGAAAAGCAACCCAAAAGAGUGUCUCCUGAGCACUCUGGCGAACAUAGGCUGUGGAGAACUGCCUGCAAGGUAGUAAGACAUGUGUGGCACUCAUAACAAAUGGGGCAUCUUUUUCACACCAAGCACUACAUUCCCUUGUGCACGCCAGUGAUUGGCAGUGCAAGAGGCAAAAGGUUGGUAGAGUAUCUGUGGGAAUGUUCAGGGAGGCAGGAGAGGAUAUAUUGUUUACUAUUAUCCUUCCUAACUUGCGUUAGCAAGUUUCUUUACUUAGCAGAGUGCAUUCCCUUCCCCUUUACACAGCACAGCAGAUAACUGGUUGCAGGCUCGUGUGAGCCUCUAACUAGUAUACAAUUCAAUCUGUCUCAGAUUGAAUUGUACGUUCCUGGUAAGCUCCCUUGAAUCCCUCCUAAAAGAAUAAAGACACCACAGUCUUCAUAAGUAAGAAAAAGAAAGUUUCUUCAUGAUCAGGCAGAGCACAGUGUGAUCCCUGAAGGCAGGCUUAAGGCUUAAAGUUACAAAUAUGUACAUGUGGAUCUACCCCAUAUGGGUGAAUAAUCCCAGUGACUGCAAGAUCCAGCACUUCACACAAUGAAAGGAAGGAAAAGAGAGAGGGGGGUGCUGUGUGACUCGUCCUUUUGUUACCUGGACAGGUUAGGUCACGCCCACCUUCUGUCGCAUGCAAAAGGGAGGAUGUUCCAGCCAGGAGGACAGGAAGUUUCGACUGGCUGGACCAAACAUUCCCUCUCAUGUCUUCUCUAGCAUUACAAGGAAUGUUGUACUUGACUGCUCCCAGCAGAUUACAUCCCGCAGUAUACAGUAUGGCACUUAUCUUCAUAUAGUAGCCUAUAUUCCAGGAAAACAUCAUACACCUCCAUUCUUCCAUCCAAGCAAGCAGCAGACAUCAGAACAACUCAAGGAAACAGGAGAUAUUCACAUUAAUCGCUCCACCCACUUUGCCUCUCGUCCUGCACAACACUGUCAACUGGCUCCUGGGUGGUUGUUGAGAACAGAAUAUGGCCCUCAGGCUAAAAAGAUCCCCACCUCUGAUGUAUACCCUUACUACUACUACUACUACUACUACUAUUUUAAUUUAUAUCCCACCCAUCUUGCUGGGUUUCCCCAGCCCCUCUGGGUGGCUUACAACAUAUAUAAAAGCACAACAAGGCAUCAAACAUUAAAAAAACAAAAUAUCCUAUACGAGUAACAAACAAACCAAUAAAUCAAUAGAAACCAAUAAUAAUAAGAAUACAGUGGUACCUUGGUACGUGAAUGGCUUGACUCCUGAACAAAUAGGCUUCCGAACGCCAUAAACCCAGAAGUGAGUGUUCUGGUUUGCAGACAUUUUUCAGAAGCUGAACGUCCGGCGCGGCUUCCAUAGCUUCCGAUUGAGUGCAGGAAGCUCCUGCAGCCAAUCAGAAGCCGUGCCUUGGUUUUUAAACCGUUUCGGGAGUCAAAUAGAUUCCCAGAACGGAUUAAGUUCGAGAACCAAGGUACCACUAUAAUGGCAAUAAUAAACAGUUUACAGUUAUACCCAAAUUAAAACAACCGCCAACCCCAACUGAACAUUUAACCUUCGGAAUAAGCUCCAUUGAACUUAGUGGGGCUUGUGUUUCUGCAGAUGUACAUAGGAUCCCACCAUUAGGCGGCAAUUCUUGUAUACUUUUGCUCAAGAGUGAGCCUUGUUGAACUCAGCAGGGUUUGUUUCAGAGUGUGCAUAUGCCUAGGGUCAGAAUGCACAUGAAUUAAUAUGGCAUUAUCUUGCCUGGCAACUCCUGGAAAACUGAUAUAGUCUUGCAAGAGCCCUUCUUUUCCCUCAUCUCAGUGCUCGGUGCACCUGCUUGAGAAGUCACUCCCGAUGACUUUCGCUUCUGUCUUCACCUGCUUUGUAAAUCAGUCACCACAGUGAGCUGGAAAAGAGGAGCACCUGGCAAAGUAUGCCUCAUCCUUCGCCGCUUUAGUUCAUUUCUUUCUCAAUGCAUCUGCACAUAGGACUCGGAGCAAAGUUACACUUUACAAUUUCUUUUAAAGGUUUUGAAAGCAUCCUUUGGCACUGAUGGAUGGUUGCAAAGCUCGUCAACAUUAGAAAACAAAAGCACACAAUACAUUCAUUGCAAGUUAGCUCUUAAGGGCCUUCAUUACAAACUUAAAACUGGCUUAAUAUUUAUUUUUCUUUUUUCUGUAUAUAAUUUUUAUUAAAUUUUCUGCUUUACGAUUUAAAAUACUCAUUUUACAUCCUUAAGAUAUCAGUGACUUCCCUUCUUCUCUUUCCGUGGUUCAUUUUACAUGUCAUAAAUUCCUGCAUAUUUUACAAAUACUAUACCCAGUUCUUUUUUCCUGGGGGGACGCAGGGGUAUGCAUAUCCCUAAACAUUUUGUUUGGCCUCAUUGAGGGGGCAGUAUUUCAAUAUGAGUAGGAAAAUGAGAGUACCCCUAAACAUUUUUUUAGGAAAAAAAAAAACACUGACUACACCAUUCAGUAUUCCAUUAUUGCAUCGAUCAAAACUUAUUUACACUGUUGAAUUUAUCUUAAUGCUGCCAGCGAUUUCUUUUCCCUUUCUAGGGCACCAUGAAUUCUAGGGUAGGGAGACUAGGGAUCUGUAAAGAGCUCAUUCUUAGUGCAGACCUUCCAAGUACCCCUAAUUUCUAGGGGCAGUCCCGGAUUCACAGAAACCAUCCUGGUUUCUGAUUUGAUCCCAGAAUGUCUCACUUUUCCUUAGGUAAAGGUACCCCUGCCCGUACGGGCCAGUCGUGUCCGACUCUAGGGUUGUGCGCCCAUCUCACUUAAGAGACCGGGGGCCAGCGCUGUCCGGAGACACUUCCGGGUCACGUGGCCAGCGUGACGAAGCUGCUCUGGUGAGCCAGCGCAGCACACGGAAUGCCGUUUACCUUCCCGCUGGUAAGUGGUCCCUAUUUAUCUACUUGCACCCGGGGGUGCUUUCGAACUGCUAGGUUGGCAGGCGCUGGGACCGAACGACGGGAGUGCACCCCGCCGUGGGGAUUCGAACCGCCGACCAGGCGAUCGGCAAGUCCUAGGCGCUGAGGUUUUACCCAAAGCGCCACCCGCGUCCCACUCACUUUUUCUUAGGACGUCCCUAUUUUCAUUGGGAAAAUGUUGGAGGAUAUGGAGAUAUUCAACCCCCUGAGCCAAGCAGAUAAGUGAUUAUGCAUCAUGUUUGAAGCCACCCAGAGUGGCUGGGGCAACCAGUCAGGUGGGAGAGGGUAUAAAGGCGUUGUUGUUGUUGUUGAAUAAGAGGUCCCUAUUUUCAUCAGAGAAAUGUUGGAGGGUAUGUUAGUGCCUUCACCAGACUGCAGUUCCAGGAUUCUUCAGGGAAAGCCCUGAAAAUUGCACUGGUAUAAUGCCAGUUUCAGUUUGUCGAAAGCGGUUUCAUGUGCUUCCUUGCACAUACAACCAGUGACAGAACUUAGGCUGGAUCUAAACACAUCAAAGAGGCAUUUCUGUAGCAUUGUAAAUUUAAACAGGGAAAACAGGUAGAGAAAAACAGGACUCCACAUCGCCAUCUGGUGACACAAUGUUAUAUCACAUAUACAACACACAUAAAUCACUUUUUCUUUACCAGUCUAGUUGAGCCCUUAGUCUUCAUUCUCUUGUGCAUAUUCCAUUUUCUUCCAUGAUCACAUUAUCAUAGCAUUAUAGAGCUGGAAGGGGGCUGCAGUCCAGCUAGUUCAGCUCCCUUUUGAAAGUCAAUGUUUUGACUGUGAGUGCUGGAAGACCUGCUCCCUGCCUUGCAAACCUUUUCCCACCUGGCCUGGGAGGGUGGAGACCUGACUGACUCUAGCCCAAAAAAGCUGAGGCUGCUGAACAGACUCUCGGGCUAUCGCCCCCCUUGCCGCACUGAUUCAGGUAAAUCUUGAUUGCAUAUUUACUCCAUCUUUUCCUCCAGUGAACUCAAUGCAGCUUACACAGUUCUUCCUCGAAUUUAUCCUCCCAUCACCCUCGUGAGGUAGAUUAGGCUGAAUUAUAGGAGCUGGCUGAAGGUCAUGCAAUGAAGUUUAUGGGGAUUGGAAUCUGAUCAGUCAUCCUCUGGCACUGCUUUGCACUAGCUCUAUACAUGCACAUGGUCUGUGCAUUGCAAGCAGAUCCAGAUCUGGAUUGGGAUGCUAGGUUUGGAUCAGAUUGAAGCUUCAUAUAUGUUAAGAGAGUUUAACUACUAGGAGCAGUAGCCUUGAGCAGGUUACUUUCUGUCUCGGUUCCCCACCAUUAAAAUGACGGUGUCGUUUAGUGAUGAAUGCACUUUUCUCAUUGCAAUUCACUACUUAUUGUUAUACUAUUCAUUCUUAUAAAAUAGUUUGAGGGCUGGCAUCCAUGAGCAACUUCCAGGACCCUGACACUGCCCAUAUGGGCAAAUGUCCGUUUCUCUCGGUUUCUCAUUUUUUUCAGUGUUAAGUUCAGUUCACCACAAGAGUUUGUGAUUUUUUUUUUAAUUAAAAAAUUCUUAUGAAAAGUCAUCAGCAUUUUGGUAUGAUUUUUACCUACUACAGUGGUACCUCGGGUUACAUACGCUUCAGGUUACAUAGGCUUCAGGUUACAGACUCCUCUAACCCAGAAAUAGUACCUUGGGUUAAGAACUUUGCUUCAGGAUGAGAACAGAAAUCGUGCUCCAGCGGCACGGCAGCAGCAGGAGGCCCCAUUAGCUAAAGUGGUGCUUCAGGUUAAGAACAGUUUCAGGUUAAGAACAGACCUCCGGAAUGAAUUAAGUACUUAACCCGAGGUACCACUGUAUAUAUAUUUUAUAUGCAUUGUCACCUAAUCAUAGAAUUAUAGAGUUGUAAGGGACCACUGAGGAUCAUCUAGAUCCUGCAAUCUCUGCAAAUCAGGAAUGUGCAGCUGUCCCUUUCGAAUCCGUAAUCAGCGUGUGAGCCUUGAAACUUGCUUUUGGAGUUCCAUUUGGGCCAUCUUCAUUGUCAACUCAACAUCAUGCCAUCUGUAAGCAUCAUUUUGGUGGUCUGGGGAAGAAUAGGGCCUGUUCUUAAUUCCCAGGCAAGUGAGGAUUUAUUUAUUUUUUAUGUGCUUGUUCUGCAAAGGGAUUAACAUCCUGCCUGAGUUGUCAGCCAAGUUAUAGCUGACGUCUGUUAGAAACUGUUUGUAACAGACGGCCUUCUGAAAAAAGGCGGGGCAAACAUUUUGUGCCAUCCAAGAUUAAGACUUGCCAAGUCAUGAAAGCAGAAAGCUGACAGAAUGAACCUUGCUUCUUUUCUUUCUUUUUUUAAUAACAAAAAAUGCUAUGUCCAAGUGAACAGAGGAGUAAGAGCUGGUGCUAACCAACUCGUGGUUUGAUGGUACCACCAAGUCCCAUCCUUCCCUUUUCCUCUUAAUUUCUUCUGCGCAACGAUAGUCAUAGCCUCGGGGAAAUGUUAUCUCCGGUUACGAAUGGACGACAUGGAAAUUUCCUCUCCGUUCCGGUCAGGACUCUGGCUGUGCCUUCACAAUCUGGUAAAUGCUUCUUACACUGCUAUGGAAGUGUCUGUAGAUGUGUCGCUCUGCUAUAUUUUAUUUUUACAUAAAAAUAUAUUUUAUUUUUUAAAAGAAAGUGAUUCCCCACCCUGUAAGGAAUCUUGUCAAAUUGCUGGACCUUGAGCAGAGUUGCUAAGUUGGCAGUGUGGAGAUGCAUGAGGUCUUCAGGAUACUCCAGAGGUCAGCCCACUGUCCUUCUAGUGAUUGAUCUGGCAGUGGGAUGAUUUGUGACAAGGCAAUGGAGGUAGGCAAAGAAAAUGCAUAGUCCACGGUCAGAGGUUAGGUAGUCAUAAAAGGUCUGGAGGGGCACCAGGUUGAAGAAGGCUGAUUUAUAUAUGCAGGGAUGUAAGCUGUGUCCUACAUCAAGGAAUGACUUUGCCUCUUGUGAUGGGCAGUGCACUGCUGCUAUUUUGGGUGACGGCGAAAAUUUUGAUCCUGCAAAAGAUCUUGAGUUCAAAUGUACAUCUGAUAUAUUUAUAUGCAUUGCUGGGGGGUGGGGAGGUGGAAAUGUCUCUGGCAGAACGAGCUGGGUCCUGCAACUGUCCAGAUGUACCGUAUAUUUUCCAUGUGGCUGCUUUGUGGGGAGGGGGGUAUAUUAGGUAUAUCGUUUAUUUAGAAAUAACAGAAGGGUCAUAGGAAAGAGGAUUGCAUGCAACAAAUCCUUUCAUUGUCUGCAGCUGAAUUCAAAAGCCUGGCUUAGUUAUUGGUAUGUCUAAAGGUCAUUAAUGUUGAUAGGAGCCAAGAGGAGGAAUUGUUGUCUGUGCCAAGUUCAGUUUGUUCCCAUGAUAAGCAGCCUGAUGUCCGUGAAAGCUGGAGAGCUUAAGCAAUUUCAGUUAAAAUGGAGGAGUUGUGAGGCUGAAUUUAGCAUUCAGGGCUGGAGCCAUGUUUGAGAGGGCGCAGGAGAAAAUGCAGCAAUUUCCCCCUUCUCUGUUGGUAGAACAUGGUGAGUUUACCAGCCAGUAGGAGGAGGUAGCAGCAGACUGCACUGAUCCAAGCAGUGAUGGGUCCAUGCAGCCCACCAGUUUGAAUUUCCCAGAAUGCCGUGGGCUGCUGCUAUGUUGAAGGCUUUGUGGAAAAUUAAAAUGGCAGCUUAGACCCAUGGUCCUGCUUGGUGUCUAAGCUGGGGGGAGGAGAAUUAGAAAGGGACACAGUGAAGAUAUCAGUGGUGUGCCCUAGCAGGGCUUGGAAGCCCUGGUAGCUUCCCAAGGGAGUUGGGAAGCUUUGUGAAACGUACGUAGACAUUAUAAUGUUGUAGAAUUGAAUCCCCUUGUGAAUUCUUUUUUUUUUUAAUUUUUGGAGUUCAGGAUUUUUACAUACAUUAUAUUAUCUCCUUCCAAUUUUUAAAUUUCCUGUAUAUUUUUUUUCCUUCCCUCCCCCCCCCCCAAUAUCCAUUGGAAGGGUUCAAACAAUUAGCCUCAGCCAUGGGCAUAGCGUCUUUAGUUUCCACCAAAUGUAUUUUGUUCCAGUAGUUUCUAUCCAUUGAAGAUAGGGGUUCCAUCUGUUCCUUAUCGUGGUGGACUUGACCUUCCACAUUGUUUCCUGUGACAUGACUGCAACAAUGUCCGACUGUAUAAAUUCAAACAAAUUCCAUGCCUCUAUUGUCCAUUUUUCUCUAUCUUUCCAACCUAAAGCUAUCGUUGCCUUUCCCGCUAAAAUCAUAGCUUUGAAGGUAAGCUGGUCACCUUUCACUAUAGCCGUGUUUCCAAGUAUACCCAUAGUCAUGAAAUUAAAGUUUAUUGAAAGCUUCACUAAUAAAUUAAUAACAUUUAGGGUUUUAUUCCAGAAUUCCAGUACAUAUGGGAAAACCAUCACUUGGCUAUCCCCUUGUGAAUUCUACACUGCAUAUUUCUGACUAUAAACUAUGCAUUAAGUUUGAGAGAAUGUAUCCCCUGUGGGAUGUGAUACAUAAGGAGCAGUCAAGUACAACAUUCCCAUCUGCAAUAUGGGGACAAUAAGGAUUGCAACAUGGUACUGUUGAAACUCUGAAUAGGCUAAGUGUGGAUCUACCCGGGGGGAUGACGCUAUAAAUAGGUCAGAAAUUAAAUCAUUAUAACCAAAGAAAACCGCUAUGUAAAAUCUCAAAGAGGGUUUUUUUGCUCUCCAGCGCCAUCUGGUGUUGCAUGUUUAUAAUGCAUUCAAAGCACUGGUUUUUGACUAAUGUAGCUGAGUCCUAAAUGUGUUAUAUGAAGUUUUAUUUUUUAUUUUUUAUUAUUCAUGAUGAAGCAUUAUGAAGUAUCAUGAAUUAUUAUGAAUUAGUAUUAGUAGUAUUAUCCAAACAAUAAGGAUUGCAACAAGGUACUACUGAAACUCUCAAUGAGCUAUAUGAAGUAUUAUUAUUAUUAGGACAGGUGGCACUUGAUUCCUGCAUUGCAUGGGGUUGGAGAUACUUUGCACAUGCUUUAUAUAAUAUUGUUCCUUGAAAAAGAGGGAUAUGAAAUUGGCUGCCAGCGUUCAGUGCUUUGACCAGAUUGUCAGGAAGCACUUCUAGACUGAGUAUGAAUAUAUUCUGCAUUGACUCCUGCAGAUUCUCUUUUGAAGGUCUUCUGCCCUCCCCACUGGAACAAAGAAUCCCAGUCCCUCCUAUGAAAGAGAAACCUGGAAAACUGUGCUGUAGGUCUUGAAGGCUUUCCCUUUUGCUAAUGAAAUAUGAUUCCCUGUAACGCAGCAGCUUGUUGCCAACACCUGCUCUGUUUACUUUGACCAGGCUGUCAGCAAACGCAUCUAGCUUACAGCUCUCCUAAACCAUUUCCAAACUUUGCAGGUUUCCUAAACUUGGUUGCACACCAGUGAAGCUUGUGCUUUAAAAACAAAGCAAAACAAAACUUGGCUAGCAUUUUGGAGACAUAGAGAAAUCGAUGUGAAUUCCACUCUUUUUUGGCAUUUUCCCAAACUACUUCUGGGAAUGACUUGCCUUUUAAAAUAAUUGGAUGAAGAUGAACCAUAGUAGAAACUUGCCCCUUAGGCCAGAGGUGGGGAACCUCAGACACCAGGCCAAACCCGGCCCUCCAGGGCUGUCUUAUCCGGCCCCGGAGGCUCAGAAUGUAGGUAUUGCACAACAACUCCUUUAACAGAACUGGGAGGACCCUGUGUUGAUAAAGGAACAUAUCUGUGGUGUUCGAUAUCAUUUGUGAAGAAUUGUGGGAUGAUAUCAAUUUAAAUGGAGGCAUUGACCAGAUUUGAUUCUAGUCUUCUAGCCGCCUUCAAUUUGUAAACGAAAUUCUCUCUCCCAUGUCCCAUUAAGAUCAGAACUCCACCUGAAUUCAUUCUCCAAUAGCAAUUUCUGUAUUGCUGAUUCUUACCCUUUGGAGAUGUCUCCUUCCCCAGUCACUGUUUUCUCAAAUUGUACCAGUUGCCUUGUGCCAUCAUCAGCUUUUCUAUGCAGAGAUAAAUACUGGCUUGAUUGGAAAAUAUGAAUGGGAGAAUGUGAAUGAUGCAUUAGAGGAGUCAUUCCCUAUAUUAGGAAAGUGUCCUCCUUCCAGCAACUCUUGCAGCCAAGCUGGUGCCAAACAUAUUGCUCUGCUUUCCUUUGGACCACGUCAACAGGAGCAAGACUUGUCUUGUCGUCUGGGAAGCCCAAGACCUCCAUACACACUGCCCAGGCUUGCAACCCAAGGAAGGUCACUUAGCUGCUGCUAACACAGCAAUUUGACUUUACCCCAGAGGCACACUCCAGUGCCUCUUGAGAGAUAUGGAUGCCGAUAACAACAUCAUAUCCAGAUUUGGGGAUCCAGAAUGCCUAACUGGAGGUGGUGUAGCAGAAAGGUAUCAGGGAUGAAAAGAAAAGCUCUUUGCACCAUCCCCACAAUAGGUAAAGGUAAAGGGACCCCUGACCAUUAGGUCCAGUCGUGGCCGACUCUGGGCUUGCAGCACUCAUCUCGCUUUAUUGGCCGAGGGAGCCGGAGUACAGCUUCCGGGUCAUGUGGCCAGCAUGACUAAGCAGCUUCUGGCGAAACCAGAGCAGCGCACGGAAACGCCAUUUACCUUCCCUGUUUAUCUACUUGCACUUUGACGUGCUUUCCAACUGCUAGGUUGGCAGGAGCAGGGACCAAGCAAUGGGAGCUCACCCCGUCAUGGGGAUUUGAACCCCCGACCUUCUGAUCGGCAAGUCCUAGGCUCUGUGGUUUAACCCACAGCGCCACACGUGUCCCCACAAUAAAUAGGUGGAAACUGAGAGGUGCGCAUGCUGCUCUGAUGCUGUCAGGGAAGAAGAAGAAGAAGAAGAAGAAGAAGAAGAAGAAGAAGAAGAAGAAGAAGAAGAAGAAGAAGAAGAAGAAUAGGAGGAGGAGGAGGAAGAAGAAAUUUAUUAUUUAUACCACGCCCAUCUGGCUGGGUUUCCCCAGCCACUCUGGGAGGCUUCCAACACAAUAUUAAAAUACAAUAGUCUAUUAAACAUGAAAAGCUUCCCUAAACAGGGCUGCCUUCAGAUGUCUUCUAAAAGUCUUUUAGUUGUUCUCUUUGACAUCUUGUGGGAGGGCAUUCCACAGGGCGGGUGCCACUACCGAGAAGGCCCUCUGCCUGGUUCCCUGUAACUUGGCUUCUCACAGUGAGGGAACCGCCAGAAGGCCCUCAGCGCUGGACUUCAGUGUCCGGGCAGAAUGAUGGGGGUGGAGACGCUCCUUCAGGUAUACUGGACCUGGAAUCUCCCCAGCAGCUGAGAGUAGCAAGCUGCUUGGAGGCUUGACCAAGUCAGUUUGCUGCCUGAGGAAAAGGACAAGAUAGCACCACAUAGACACCUCCUUUCCGCUUACAGAAUCCCACCAGGCAGGCAACUGAAUCUUACUUCUCAAAUGGCAAUGGGAAAUGGUAGAAUAGGAAUCACAUGGGGAAUGAUGGAGAGCCCCACCCUCAGCACCUGCUGUUUGGGCCUGCUGCCUCGUAUGCCAAAUGGUAGGGCUGUCCUGGGAGUGACAGCCCCACCUCCACCCCACCCCCGGUCACCUGCUUAUUUGAGAGGCUGUCGCUUUUCCCCUUCCAGGCUGGGGAUGCGUGAGGUGCAGACACGUGGCGCAGACACAUCCCUCAAAACAGAUUCUUUCCCCUUCCAAAAUCCUGUCAGUGGGUGAGGGAUUGCUACAGAGGCAUUGCCACUGAAAGGAAUGAAGGUUGGGGGCAAGAGAACAGGGGCAUGUGUCACGAGGUGUGUGUCCCUCUCCCCCAAAAGCCAAAUCUACACUCCUAAUAAUAUGCUCUUGGAGAUUAAGGAGGCUUGCUCCCUAGCCUAUUCAGUGACAAGUCUCCUUUUUCACUCUCUUCUUAUUCCCUCCCUGUUACAAGGCAGAGGCUUUUUUGUGUCCCUGAACCAGAUACCGCUCUUCUUGUAAAUAAAAGCUGUAUAUGAAUCCACAGUUCAGCAGGUCUCCUUUGACAUCACCAGGAAGCAGGAGGUUAAGGAAUUCAUGGUGGCUUUUUUCUUUCACGGUCCUUAGACGUCCAAGGAACCAGCUGCUGUCCCGAAAAUGUGCCCCCUCCACGUUUUUCAAUACAGGCACAGAAUUCCCCCCACAGAAAGCAAAUAUCUUCUCUAUCUAGCUAUUGCAGGAUUUACACACAUGCUUCAUUGGUUGUGGGAUAUACUUAACAGAUAGUCAUAAUAAUUAAAAGAGAACAGUUCUCCAUCAUCUGUUUUCAGUCGGAUGAAGGAUCUCUCCUGUGUCGCAUUUUGGUUUUAUUUUUUGCUUUUGGUCUCCUGUUUGCAGAUGACACAGGUUGCCCCAGCAGCCAGUCCGUCUCUCCAGUUAAGACACCUCCUGAUGCUGGAAACAGUCCAGUUGGUUUUUGUACAGGCAAUGAUGGAGGAGACUACACAAGGAAGAAAUUUAAUUCGGGAACAAUGGGGGAUGGAACUCAACAGCCGGCUCGAUAUAAGAAGGAAACAAAGGCAAGCUUCAUAAAGCCAGGUAAGAUCCCUUUUGGGUCUCUGGAUUUGUCAGUGGUACUUUUGCUUUGUCUCAUGACAGGUGAUGGUCAGAAUGUCUCUAAAAUUGCAUGCAAUACCCACUGCUUGUAAAUCAGACCCUUUGCCUACAUUUACAUAGCUAUGUGGAUUGCUAGAUCUUCGCAAUUGUUUAGAUGCAAUGAUGCAAAAUACUACGAAGUGUUGUUUUUAAAAAAACAAACAGAAAAUUACAGACGAACAAAAAGGUGACAGUGUCAUCCUAUGGGGCCUGGUGCAGUAGCUAGAAGAUCAGGAAGCAUUUGAACACUUUGAUUGAUAUACAAACUUCAUUUGAAGCCUUCUAGGAACUGCCUGGGUUUUUUGUCAUUUUGUUGUCAUUGUCUCAUCAUUCGGGGGUGUUUUGCUGCUAGGAUGAAAAGAUGUUUUCUUUCUGCUUUGAAACGUAUGAUACUAGCUGACAAAUGGUCACUUGUUUGGUUUUUCUCAUCUGUCUAUUAGUUAAUUGCCUUGGAUUUCUUCCAAAUUUUGUAUUGUGGUGUUGGUUGGGCUUUGGUCGACCUUGUUACAGCUAAGAUCACUAAUCUCAGUAGAAAAUUUAGUGAAAAAAGACAGCUUCAACCCGUUAUUAUCACUGUUCUUAUUACGAUUGUUUAAAUUUAUAUACCACCCUUUGUCAUAAGACCACAGGGCAGUUUACAACACUGAACACAAAUGUCAAAAUGUAACAUAAUAUCUAUAUAAUAUAAAAACUGAAGCAGUCAAUUAUAGUCAGAAAUACGUAACAGAAUGCAGAUUCUAAUAAAAGACAGAUUCCCAUAAAAGCAAAAACAUAAAAAAUAAGCAGCAAGAAAAUCAGCUGCAGGGUAUCUGAAAUACCCCCCACCCCAAAGUGUAGAAAUAUACAGAAUUUUCUCUCUAUCCAAGGCUUAAUCCUGGCUCCCACAGAAAAUGACAAAGCUUUCCAGGUCUCACCUGUGAUCUUUUCUUCAAUCUCCCAGUCUCUCACUCUAGGAAAUAUUCAUGGGUGCAUACUGUUCUAUUUUUGAGUUAACUUUCUGCAAGUGCAGGGGAGAUAGACAAAAAUGUGUUAUUGUGCAUGUGUCCCAGUUUGGCUGUAUCAUGUACAGUAAGUUCCAUGUUUCUGAACUGGGGUGGGGGCUGGGAAUCCUCCUGGAACCGCUCCUAAGUCUGGAUGCCAGACGUUUCUUCACUAUAUUGUGUGGCUGUAAACCACCUGUGAUGAAUAAAGUCAGGGCAGUAGCAAAGCAAGCACCCUUUUAAGUAUCAAGAAUGCUUCCCGUAGAAAUUGGUUUUCCCCCCUUUUAUUUUAAAAAAGUUAAGCUGCUGCUCAGCUAAAAGUAUUCAAAGCAGCUAACAAAACACAUGCUAACAAUGAUACAAAGGCAAACAUAAUGCUAAAACUCAGGGGUUUUUAAUUUUUUUUUAAAUGGCAACCUAUAAAUACUAACUAGCAGAAGCAAAAAUAUGAAGCGGUUCCAGGUGCACUUCAAAAAAUGAAGACUUCCAGAAAAAGGAGGUAUUUGCCUGCGUCCUAAAAGGAACAGAGGCGGAGCUAGCAUCCCAGGGGUGGGGUGGCGAUGUCACCCCCACCCCCACCCCCAGGGAUGACACCCAGGGCGGAUCACACGUACCACACCCUCUGCCUCCUCCAGUGAAAAGGAAAGUCCCUUAGUGAGGGAAAUAAGUAGCUUUGCUGCUGCUGUAAAUAAGGCUUCUUCCAUGUCUUCAGCUUGCUAUACUUCAGACAACACUUUUGUCAGGCAGGUAGGUCCAUAUGAGAGCUGGCAGCUAUUAAAUUAUCCUGUGCGCAAGGCGUUCUACCCUUUUCCUCUGCCUGCCUGUUCCUCCCCAAAUCUGCUCUGAAACUUCCUUGCACUGAUCAGCGGCGGAGCAAGCCAAUCAAGCGCUUGUAACCUGUGCCCAGGGGCAGGACCAGCCACACACGGGGGCGGGGCAAGCCAGGGCAGGAUGCUCUGUGGGGCCUUGGAGGAGUCUGCCUGCCUCCUCCCACUCAGCCACCCUACAGCUGAGGGGGAGGCGGUGGGCAGACCGUUUGGGGCAGAGCCUGCGGGCACCCAAGCCACCACAUCACUCCCGGGAGAGACGUGUGUCUCAGGCAUGCAGCAAGCCCUGCGGUGAGUGCCACCAGGCAUUUUGUCACCUCCCUGAGAGGUGACACCCCGGGCAACCUGCCCCCACCGUACCCCCUUCCUGCGCCCCUGGUGCUGAUGGGACCCUGACUUAGCACUACACCAAAUGCCUGGGUCCUGUGUUUAAUGGCUUUUCUUCUUGGUUUCACACUAUUCAGCGCAAAGUCAAUCAAUGUGAGAUUAAGCUAGAAUUACUUGAGAUUUACAGCACAAUGCUAUCCCUGUCUGCAGGGAAAUUAGUCCCGUUCAGCUCAGUUGCAUUGCAUUGCAUCACAGCCUUUUCCCUCUUUGCGGAAACUCUCUAGAUGUUGCUGAACUACAACUCCCAUCAGCCCCAGGAAACGUGGCUUAUGGCUUGGGAUGAUGGGAGUUGCAGUUCAGCAAUAUCUGGAGGGCCAAAGGUUCCCCACAUCUAAUUUAUUAGGAUUUGGACUUUGAUGUGUGUGUUUGGAGACAUGGUUUGGUACUACAGCUCCAUUGGCCUCGCCAAACAGAAUGAAAAAAUUAUGAGAAAGUUGACCAAUCACUUUAAAGCACACUGAUUGGCAUUUAAUGCUUUCCUGUUUAAGAGACACGGACAUGACUUUGCAGGAAGAGCUUGUGAUCUGUAGGAAGUCACGCAAAGCAUGGUACUUCACAUUCAUCCAAAGUAAAAUAUUCUGUUCUUGGAGGAAAACACGCUUGGCAAAGUGUUUUAUAAAAAUGACAUUUGUAAUGUUUUGCUUGGAUCGCUGCUCUUUGUUCUCACUUUGCUGCAAAGAUCAGCAAAUUGGGGGGAAUAAUGUGUUUGCUGUUCGGACACAGAUACAGAAUGUGCUAAGCUGAAUAGUGCCUUUGUCAUGGGCAUGGUUGAGUGGCUUUUGGGAUAACAGUUAUGCAUUGACCUAUUGUCAAAGUGAAAAUGCUGCUUAGUCCAUUCUUACUGGAGAUUAGAUUUUGAAGAUAGGGUUAUGCUGUUUCACCACUGAUACUGAGAAAGUUGUGCUUUUUUGAGAGGUUGUGUGUGUGUGUGUGUGUGUGUGUGUGUGUGUGUUUUCCACUUCAUUUGUUCUUGAGCAGAAAAAAAAUGUUGGCCCUGCUUUCAUUUCCAUGGAAAAGGGGGUUGAUGAUCUUACCAGUUACUUCUGUUGCCACUUAUUUUAUAGCAACUGUCUUUGCCUUUCUGCAGAAAGAAAACUUUGGAGAAGGCACAUCUAUAUCUACUGUAUGUGUAUUGGCAUGUGUGUCUUGUUGUUUGCUGUCAUUUGCUCUGGCUCACUCAAUUUCAUCCUACAAGUCCAGUUCUAUUUGUUCAUACACGACACUGAACACAGGGACAAGGUAUCUCUUCAUAUGUACAAAUGCUUGUGUGAAACAGUAUACACUUGUUGAUUCAUUUGUACAGCUCAACUGUUGUGUACAGAGGUAUGCAAACUGUACAUUUGCGGAACUUUAAAUGCAAAUUGCUGUACAAGUGAACCACUCGAUGGUUUGUCUGCACAGGUGCACAAGAUUGCCACACAUUGGAGGCAAAAUGUGAACACUCCUUGUUUCAAUUCAAGAACACCACUUUUUUCAGUUCUGCCUUUUGGCUGUUGCCUCCAGGAUGCUAGUGUGAUGCUUAACUGCUUGUCUUCUCUUUCUCCAAUGGAAGUUGGGCUCCGAAUAUACACAUGUGGCAAUACUUGACAAGAUUGGUAUUAGGGUGGCCAUGUGGCCUAAUUUACAGAGGACCGUCCUCUACCUGAAGAGUUAUCUGGUCCACCUCUGAUGUAGAACCAGAAGAAUGUGCCUAUCAAUGCUAAGCACCUUGACAGCACACUGAGCAGGCACAUCACCCAUCUGCCUUCAGUCUUUCCCCCAAUGGAGAGAUGAAUUGCAUUUCUAUUUAAAUUACAGGCACAGUUUCUAUUUUUUUCUGUUAAAUAAUUUUUAUUAAUUUUCAAUUACAAAAAUCCAUUAUGUGCCAUAUUAUAUUAAUACCAAAUAGCAAUACCAGUUCAAAUACAAAUCAAUUACAUAGCCAAUUGUAAAUUUCAUGUAGCUUCCCACGUGCUGUACUUCAAGGUCUGAUUCCCUUUAAUUCUGCCUCCAGACUAUUGCUCAAACCAAAUACAAUCCAUUCUUAAUAAAAUCCCUUAUACCAUAGGCACAAUUCCUUGAGUUGCUUCUAUAUACCAUACAGCUGCAUCUUUCUGGGCGUGGGCCAUAGCUUUGCGUGAAUAAUGCCCCAGACUCAAUCCCUAGCAUCCCCAAGUAGGACUGGGAGAAAACCCUGUCUGGCAUCCUGGGAGAUACUGAUCUGGAUAGAGCAAAGGUCAGACUCAAUAUAAGGCAGCGCCUUGUGUACCUACGUAGAUAUAAAUUAGCAUGUGCAAAUUGCAUGCAAAUUUCUGUCCCUUUUUACUUCCUCUGCUUUUUUAACUGCUGAUACGUAAGUGGCCACCCUGAGGGAUAUGUCUUGCUAGAUGGAAUGACACUGGUCCUAAAGGCAACAGAACAACCCCCAAGUGAAGAAGGACUCUGAGAUGAGAUGGACAGAUAUUCAGAGCUAUAUGCAUUUUCUAACAUCAAUUUGCCUCUUCCCAGUUACUGUAUUUUGCAGAAUGAUGCUGCGUCUACCACCAGUUGCUCCUAACAAACAGCAUUGUCUGGGUCCUUACACGCCGUGAGCCUUAAGGCAAUGGCUUCCUGUUCAGUCCUUUGUUUUCCUUUGCACCUUCUUGAAAUGGGUAGUGCCCCUUUUGGUAAGCCAGCCUGUGCAUCGCGAUAAUGUGCUGUGCAGAGUCCCCAGAGAGAAGGAGAUGCUGCUCAUUUGCUGAUAGGCUCCCUGUUCCUCUCAAGUCUGUUGCCAUGGAGCUGGAUAGCUUUGCUUACUUGACCUGCUAACUUGAGGAGUUAUUAAAGGAUCUGUCUCCAUGGAUACGCCUGCACGAAACUAUACUCCACAGAAGGCAUAAAAUACACACAUCUCUCUGCAAAAUGUGCUCUUGUUUUUUUGUGGGUUUUUUUUGUACAGUGAUAUACUUUCACCUUUUUCUGAAAGCUUAAGUAAAUACACCCCCUGAAAUGUAAGCAAUGAGAUAGACACUGUUUCGGGUAUCUUCCAUUUCGUGUUGAAGGAGCCACUGGUGAAUAUUAAAAUACUGUGAAAUGAUGAGUCUAGAGAUGUUGAAGCUGAAAGUUGCCUAUUGUGAGUGUGUGCCUGGGUGGGGUGGCAUAUUGGGUUUGUCACCAUAUACUGUAUAUAAAUGCCAAUUUCUGUGUUCUGUCUUUGAGACAAUAUAAAAUGAGCAGAGAAUGGGAAUUAGGGUAGAGCUAAGCAGAGAGAGAUGGUGGAACACCAAUAGAGAGGAGAUCAGGGAUGUAAUGGCAAAUUCAGAAGUGCAGGAUCAAAUCAUGAUAGCCAUAGCCAUGUCCCCUCUCAGCUACACCCCUUCUAAGAUCUUGAAACCUCAUUAUACCAUUAUACCAUAAUAAUAAUAAUAAUUAGGAUUGCCUUGCAACAGUUUCUCCAUGCCUUUCAGCUAGAACUACUAUUUUCUGGGCCUGCACAUGGGCAAUGAUUUGGAGUGCUCUGAUAUAUACGUAUGUAAAUUGCUUUGCAAAAAAAAGUGUUUAUUAGGAGCAAUUAGCAUCGAAACGCUGAUGAAUGAGGACUUUAAGAAUAUUUGUGUGUUCAGACCCAGAGACCUCCCCCCUAAAUAAAGACACAUUUGACUCAAAUUUUAGUUUUGGUUUUUGGCAGAAUUUAGGCCACAACUUUAUUGAUUACAGAAAAGUGAGUGGUUGCAUAGGCUCUGGUUCGACUAGCUUCCUACAUCCUUACAGGUAGUGCUUACCCAGAGCUCUAUCAUAGGUCAGCCAAGAGUGAACACCUGAGGCAGGUGAAAAGCCUGGGAACAGACUCUGUUCACUCCCCAGAUGCUCCCCUGGACUCAGGCAUGGGCACAACCCCCUUUCAGGGGUUGACCAAACCAAGUUGAGUCCCUGGAUUCCUUUAACAGAAUACCCUUCACAUAGGGAUGGCGAGACCAUUCUCCCAUCUGUGCCUAUCCGCAACCAUUCUCCCACCAGUGCCUAUCCGCAACCUUACAAGUCGUGACAAAUUGCUAUGUGGCAGGUGAAACCCAAAUGGCUACAGCCAAGGAGCCAAGUGGGGGAAAUUCCUGCCGUGCCCCUGUCCCAACGACAGAUGACACACAAUGGCAUAGCAAGGUCAAUUGUAAAAUGCCCUAAAAUUAGGGAGAAGUGGGCAGGUGUUCCGAUGCACAAGCCGAAAGAGGAAGUUCUGGGACACGUGCAUGGGUUUAUAUAGGUCGCUUGAUCCAUUUAGACUGCACCCCAUUGGCCAGAUUAAACCCAGCAACGAAGGACCUACCAGUCGGGUGUUGUGGCUAUCCAAUAGACCCACCCACAAUCAGGGGGUCCGUCUCCAGGUCUCAUCGCAACACGUGCCCUCUUGGAGGACAUGAUAUAUCACAAACUGAUGUGGAAAUGCAGAGAACUGAAUUUAAGGUUGGGGGGGGGGAAUGAGGAACCGAGAUUAAACCAAACCUGACAGAUUCACUCAUUCCUAGUUCCAAGUGCUCAGCUCUUUAAAAAGAAAAAGAAAAAGGGGAAAAUGGGACCAGAUUAUUUAUUAACUUGUCGGCAUACAGCCCAGCUACAAAAGUACUUGGCUUGAAAUGGCUUGGAAUAGCUCCUAAGUACAUCUGUUAUUGUUAAAAUGUCCUUAUAUGCUUGCAGCGGCUGCCUACUUGAAACUGGCAAGAGAGGCCGUCGCGCAACAAAGUUGAAGGUAGCACACAUCACCUCCAGUUGUGGUCCAUAGAAGAGACCUGCUCAAUUUCAACAGAGUGACAAUUUGCGAUUUCAUGCAAGAACCUCUGUUCAUAGUGUGUAUCCCUAGCAGGGAGAUUUGCCUGCCGUCCAAUCUCUGUUGCAGUUCUUUGGAAUUAGACAUGAAUGUGACGCAGUCCCUGGGACAGCAAUACUGUUUGGAAGUACAGCAACUUCCUCUUUCCCCUUCACUUAGCUGUGAUGACACUGAGCCAACAAAAAUAUGUAACCGGUGCCAUAAGCACUCCACACAAUCUGCCGUUUAUUUUAGUAGGUGGAAAAGGUUGACCUGGAGCAUGGUUUUACAGCUCGUCUGUUUACUUCCAUUUUUUCUCUCACCUCCUUUGCUGAAAUCUCCUCCUUUUGGCCCCACAAUGCAUCCCCCCCCAUUGUUGUAGAAGACACCUAGCCCAUAUUUAAAAUGUCAUAAUAAGUCUAAAGAUGGAGAAUUGAGGGGGACUAGAACUACUUCUUCUAUCAGGUACAUCAGAAAUGGGGGACCCUGUGUCCCUCUAGAUGUUUUCAGACUCUAUCUCCCAGCCAAAAUGGCCUACAGCCAGAGAUGAAGGUGUUUGUCAUCUCAACAAUAUCUAGAGGGCCACAGGUUCCCUAUCCCUGAAGUACAUCUUUAUGCAUGUUUAAUACCCUACCAAAGUGAGAGAGAUUUAAAGCUCAAAACCCAUACCCCUCAACUGUCCAGCUUUGAGUGGGACAUCCCGGAAUUACAGAAGUCAUCUGGCUUCUGACUGGAUCCUGGGAUGUUCUGUUUCGGCUCCCACAAGAGCACAUCCUCCAGAGAUGCCUGUUUGGGAGGGCCAUUCUCUCGCGCAAGUCACCUGGCUUCCACAAGAGUGCAGCCCCGAAAGAUGCACACCCCGAUUUUUCUCUGCAACAUGUUGGAGGGUAUGCAGAUCCCAUGUGCGGUUGCAUGAAAGUGGGAACACUGUGGGACUUCCUUACUUCUCAGCAAUCAUAUAGGAAAGAGCAAUCCAGAAGUGAGAGGAAGAGGAAGAGCUAAAGGCAGAUUGACCCCCUUUUCAUAUACCCUUCUGGGUGUUUGUUUGUUUGUUUGUUUGUUUGUUUGUUUUAAACAGUUUUCCCCUUAUUCAUUCCAAUGGGAGGGAAUUAAACCUCACAGACUCCAGGGCUGGCCUUCAUUACUUUCCAGUGUUUAUGUGUUGGGGGCUGGGGGAAGAGAAGGGCUUGGGAUACUGCAGACCCACAGCCUCUCUUGGCAUGCCCUCAGAACAUUUCCCCUUUGCCCUUUCCAAUGUUGAGGCGCUGGUUGCAAACUUUUUGCCACAGGGACGGGAACCCUUUUGAGAGUGAGGGCCACGUUCACUUCCUGGGGCCACGUACUGGUGGUGGGUGGGGCCAGAGACAAACAUGGGUUGGGCAACGACUCUACCUUUCAUACAGUAGACUAGUUUCUUCACUCUGACAGAUCCCUCUCUAUCCUGAAAUACAGGCCAGAGGCUCCCCAUCUCUGUUUUAUAGCAGUGGCAGUGUUCCCAGUGUCGCUGUGGCCCCAGGGCCAUAGGAUUGCUCUCCAUGUGAAUAUAACUCUGAACUGGAUUGCAGCUAUGGCAUUUGCAGAUAACAAGCCAUCUAGCAGCAUGUCUCAGGUGUUUUCUGAAACUGAUCCAGCAAGACAGUUGGUUAGUGCUGCUCCUGCCGAAAUGAAUGGAAUCUGCACCAACAAAUUACUUCACACCUUGGAACAUAUUCAGUAUCUUAUUCCAUCUUAGAAUCAUACAGUUGGAAGGGCCCAUGAGAGUCAUUUAGUCCAACCCCCUGCAAUGCAGGAAUCUUUUUGCCCAGUGUGAGGAUCAGACCCACGGCCCUGAUAUUAAGAGUCUCAUACCCCACCAACUGAGCUAUGUUAAUUGUAUAUUUUUUUUAAAAAAUGUUUCUUCCCGCUUUUGAUUUUUUGUUCAAUAAAUGGCUCAAAGAAAGGAGGAAAUACAUGGGCUAGUAACCAGGGAAGAUUGUUUAGAACCGGUGAGAGGUGUUCCACCAAGUGGUCCUGCCCAGAAAUAUGCAGCUGUAUUUUGAGCUAGUCGGAGUUUCUGUACAGUCUUCAGAGGCAGCCCCCAUCUACACUGCACUUCAGUAAUCUAACAACAAGGUUUACCAAAGCUCUAGUUGGUGUGCAGGCCUCAGAUGGUAAAAGGCCCUCAUCCUGCCUUGGAAGAUGAAUUUUGAUAUUUCUUCUUGUGUGCUUUUGUUUCUUAUUGGUCUUAUGUGUUUUAAGCUUGUAUUUGUAAACCACUGUGGACUUUUUUUGGGAGAAGUGGUAUACUUUAAAUAAUAAAGGAAAUGAAUGCUAUAGUCAGCCUAUACUUAUUGUAGACCUGGUGGAAAAGUAGAUCUCGGCUGUUUAGCUUUUAAAAAUCUCCAGAAUAACAUUUGCAUCCUUUUUCUUGGCUCAUCAGUUUUGAGGAAAUGUGAAGAAGCUGAAACGGAUCCACCCUUAACAUUUUGCAAAACUGCAGGCUUGGUUUCCAAAUUCCAGUGGGAGAGGCAAGGAAGGAUGGCAGUGAUUCACCACAUCAAUCCUUGAGCUACGGUUUCCAUCAGACAUUUACUCUUCCCUUUCCUUUUCCAGGAAGCGAAGCUGAUUUUAGCUCCUCAAGCAGUACAGGCAGCAUCUCAGCUCCUGAAGUCCACAUGUCUGCUGCUGGAAGCAAGAGGUCAUCCUUUUCUCGCAAGUACGCAACAGCAUCUUUGCCCAACUCCCAGCCUGUGAAUGUAGCUUCUGUUGAAGAUUGGCUUGUUUUGUUUUGGGUGUGGAGGAUAGAAGUUGGAGGUGGAGGUUGACCAGGAGCCCUCCCCCAAUUCAUUUCUGUCUCCUCGUGUGUUUGCAGAUGUGUUUUGUGGUACAAACCAGAAUCUGACAUCUAGGUGAGGGCUGAUAUCUAAUGCAGACAUAUUGCUUCCAGGGGUGCCCAAACCUUUUUCAAAGAGGGCCGGAUUUGAUGAAAUGAACAUGCGUGAGGGCCAACCAAAGUUGAAGUUGUUGAGCUUUUUUUAGGAUUUUACCCCAGGAGAUAGACUGCCAUAGGGGCUGGAUUAGGCCCCCAAAAUGUACUUUGGACAUGCCUGGCUUAAUACCAUCGUGUCUAAGCAGCAGUGGCGUAGCGUGGGUUGUCAGCACCCGGGGCAAGGCAAGUAAUUUGCGCCCCCUAACCCGUGGAUUUUAGCACUCGAGUCUCUUCCACUAGAUUAGUUAAAGAAACCCUUACCCCCUAAGCACAUGUAUUGUUUGUUAUGAAAAUACACCAGAUUCUUUUUUGUAUGGCAUGAUAUAGGUGUAGUAUUCUGCUAAAAUUCUAAAAAAAGAAAAAAAAGAAAAUCACUUUCUUGCCUUGCUGCACUUUUAGCACCCCUUCAUUGUAUAACCAUUUCUUUACUCUUAACAUAAUGUUUAUUCACCUUCAUGCCUAUUGCCUUACUCUUUCAGCAAAAAAAAUAAAAAUAAAUUAAAGGUUGCUAGACCCACUGGCUUACAUCAACGUAUGUUGAGCUAGAGCAGCUACAUAUGGAUCAAAAUCUGUCUCGUCACUGUUGAACCAACCAAACUUCAAUCCAUCUGGUCAGCUCAACAUGCAGAAUGACCAGUGUGCCCCUUUUCAUUGCAGAAUGACCAGCGUGCCCCCUUUCAAUGCAGAGAGACUUACCUGCAGCGGCGGCUUCUACUCAGUUCCCCGCGUCUCCUCGAGUCCUCCUGCCUCCUGCUCGGCAGCUCAGCCAAUUGCAUGCAUUCGCCUUUCGGCCAAUGAGGAAGUGGAUCCCACUUCCUGAUUGGCUAGGAGGAGGAUCCGUGUGACAAUAGCGAAAUUUUUGCGAAAUCUGUGACAGCGCUGAGAGAGAGUGAGUGAGCCAGGUAGGGGCAGAGAGCUGCGAGUGUGCGCGCCCCCAGAUGUUGCGCCCGGUGCGGCCAGCCCCCCCUGCACCCCCCACACUACGCCACUGCUAAGCAGUGCACGGCAAGGCUACAAACAAGAUAAAAUCUGUUUACAUCAAUCAUAAAAUGUGGGGGUUCAACACCUGUUGAAUGUUGCUCAGCUGCAGAGAACUGGCUAAAGGACAGGGAUGAGGAGAAAAGAUACCUCUAAAUUGAAUGGCAAAUCAUAAAAGGCAGAAGUCAUUUAAAAACAGCAGUGGAACUUAGCAUCAUAUUUGGUUGGAUAGAAUUGUUUUCUGCUUCUGUCUAAAAGACAAUAAGGAGGCAGCCAGGCAAAUCUCUACAUGAGGGAUAGGCAACUAUCUAGAUGUUGUGGAACUUUAACUCUAGAGUUAUGAGCUCCAGCCAGAAUGGGCCAGUGGUUGGGAAUGAUGGGAGUUAGAGGAUUCCAGGUUCCCCAUACCUGAUCUAAAUGUUUUAAGUAUGCCACAAAAGAGGCUGUUCCUCAGUAUUCAACACAUUCCAUUUUGCAAGCCAGCAAAGCAGAUAAAAAACACACAAUUAGGAUUCAAAACCAAGGAAGCAGCUGGAUGUAUAGUCCCUUAACUGUAGCCUGUCAAAGCAAUUAACCUUCGUCCUCUCUGGUCAGCACACAUUUUUGGCAGUAAUGUUUUGCCAGUGCAGCAUGGGCUUUGCAGUCGGUUGAAAAGUUGUGACACUGGUGUAAUACCUCUGUUGUUGCAUACUAAAGGCUACAGGAGCCUCUGAUGAUUGGUUGAACUUGCCUUGUGUCACAGAGCAGGGAGAAGAGACUUUGGCAGAGUCAGAGGGUCAGGCCAUCUGGAAAGGGCUAGAGGAGGACUAGAAGAAAGAAGAAGUAAGGUCCUAGGGAUGCAAAGGCCCCAGAUGGCAUUGGAGGAGGGAGUUCAAACUUAAAGAAGAUACAAGAUUUGGAAAAGCAGUAGCAACAGAGUGGAUGGGCACUGCAGCUUCUUUUGCAGCAGUACUGCUUUAUGGCAGACUUCACUUAGGGCAAUUUACUACAUUCUGCAGUGCGCAGUCUCCAUGUGUGUAUCAUGAGAUCAUGAUCUAGUAAGUAGGGUUGGAUGAUAUCUGAUUUUCAACUUUGUGAUAUAUCACGAGCUAAACAUUGCAAUAUACUGACAUAUUACAAUGUCUGAAAUAAGGAUGGAGUACUGUAGAGGCAUUGGCUGGCUGCACGGUUUCCCCCACAUUGUGAUUUUUGCAUAGCACAUUCACAAUAUAUUGCACAUUCACAAUAUAUUGCCAAGUCAAAAAUGGUGAAACCAGUAUCAUGAUAUGGACUUGAAACUGGUUUUGGAUGAUAUAUCACCCAGCCCUAACACACAUCAUGAUUCGCAAUAUAUUGCCAGGUCAAAAACUAUGAAACUGAUAUCAUUAUAUGAACUUCCAACCGGUUUUGGACAAUAUAUCAAUACAUCACCCAACCCUACUGGCAACUAACUCUUUCUUAAAAGCAUGUACGUAUGGUGUGUUUUUAUAUAUACCCCCACUAUGGCAAAGUUGUGCAGAAUAUGAAUUUUUCUAGUUCAUUACAGAAUAUUCUAUAAUUAAUAAAUCAUUCCUGGUGAAUCACAGGAGCUCCUGAGAACAAUUUGCUCUGCCCUGGCAAUGCAACGAACAUCAUCUCUCCCAUAUGCUCAAAACAUACAAGCUGCUAUCCUUGCUUACAGCUAUGAAAGCAAGCCCCAGCAAGUCUUGGGCUUCCACAUUUCUAGGGUUGCCAUAUUUCAAAAAGUAAAAACCAGGACACCCCGAAAGUUGUUGAGCAUUUUUUUUACAAAAAUGCAACCCCCCCCCAAAAAACCCUCAAUUUUUCGAUUGACUUGCCUAAGAUCCACCUGGACUGUGGUUCAUCUUAACUAUGGUUAGUUGAAACAAGUGGACUUCAUAGACUAUGGUCUGAAGUUGGCUCAUUUCCACUAACUAUAGUUAGGAUUAUUCACGUGCCAGAGUUUGGAUGCUGCUGCAAGCUGCAAUUAAUUUAAAAUCAAAAUGAAAGUUUCUGAACUCCCUUGAGGCUCGCUGAGAAUUUAUUUUUUAACUUGAAAAGCAACUUUGGGAAGCUGUGAUUUUGAGUGUGGGUUGGCAAAUGCUCCAUCCUUUUUCCACUGGCCAUUUACCGCACUCAUAAUCAAGCCCUGCAAUCCUCCUCCUGCAGGUUUCUAGCUCCAUAAUUUAAAUAUACCUGGAACUGUGUGUGAGGGAGACAGCUUGUGGGGGACAUUUUGCAAAGAAGAGCAUUACCCUGAACUCUUCAGAGGAGAGGCAGGAUAAAAAUGCCAUAAACUGGCAAAGCUUAAUACCUGGAAAAUGCCCCUCUUUUAGACAAUAAAAUAAAGUAAAAUCCACUUCCCCCUCCUUCUAACAAAAUUCUCCACUGAAAGAAGCUUGAUACCGUAAUGAAACAAAUUUGCUGGAACUGGGAACUGGAUUAACUUGAGUCGCACAAGUAACUUGGUCACCUUCAUGCAGUUUCUCCUAAAAGAAUUACACCCUAGGAUAUUUGAGUUAAAGCUAUUUAUAACGAUCUUUUAAAAAAGAAAAAGAAAAAAAGUUAUUUGAGCAAGGAAGUGAAGAGGGGAAAACCACAGAGCCAAGCCUUAAAAUCCCCUCGCUCAAGCUCCAUAAAAUAUCCUUUUCAAAUGCAUCCUUUGAGCCAACAAGGCAAAUUACGCUUGCCAAAAAUAUCUCUGCUGCGCCAUGCGUGCAAAAUGCAAACAGGUUUUUUUUUUCUUCCUCUUUUACUGCUUUCCUCCACUUGCCACAUUUUUAGAGUGUUUAACAUAUAUAUAUAUAUAUAUAUAUAUAUAUAUAUAUAUACACACACACACACACACUAUUUGGUUUUUGUUCCUGUGCAAGGGCAAGGUGCAGUUGUGAGAGAUUUGCCCAGCGUAUCAGUCCAGUACAGCUGUGCAGCGUCCACGACAGCUUUCCAUUGUAUCCACAUAGGCAAAUCAAAGUGGAGUUAACCCAACCACAACCUUGGGAUGCUGCCUUGCUCCGGCACAACUCAUUCCGCCAUCUGGUCUGUAUAAAGUGUUCCAUGCAAAGAGAGAAGGAAAACCAGUUCAAACGCUUUCUAAAUUCAGAGCUUUCUGCCUCGCGAUUUGCGGUGUAUCUCCUGCGCUUCCUCUGUCUUUCCCCCCUUCUGCUCUCAGCUGUUGCCGUCUUUGAUCUUUUUAAAAGAAACGGUUUUGGGGUUGUUUGUUUGUUUUACGUCCAGGAGGUGAACAACAGGUUUGACAGAGCCUGCUUUAGAGACUUCCCGUGCUGCUAAUUUCCAUUUAUACUAAUUUGUAUUCCCUCCCCCCACACACACACAUUGGGUAGAUCCCAUGUCAGCAGAUGCAGUGGUGAAGAUCCUUUGAAUUUUGCUAGCUCUCUUAAAUAAUAAUAAAAAAGGAGUGAAAAGUUCUUAGAAAGUAAAACAAUAAACAUGGCUUUUACAGUAUGUUCUCCUAGAAAGUGAGGUUUUCAGAUGCUAUGCCCUCUUACUUUCCAGCAUCAUUUUGCAAUAUUUACAAUGUGUAGAUAGAAAAGCUGUUGUUUUAAAAAGCAUUUAAAUUAGGAUGGUGUGUAUAAAAAGAUGAACAUCUAAACACGGUAAAUAAAUUUGGGACAGUAGCAAUUUUACAACAUAGUGGUAAAAGCCUGCAGUUGAAAAGUAAAGUCAAAUAUAUCUAAGACAUCUAUUUUCUCUUUCUUUAGCCUUUGAAUUACUUCCAUGGACAGUAAUAAUGCUUUUAUUUCUCCAGCAGUAGAUUUAUUGAACUUGUCUCCUGAGUUUCCUGGUGAUGACUAUAGAAACUUCAGGUCUUUAUAGGACUGAACAAACUAGUUAAGAGGCAGCUAAAGGCUGCUUUAAUCAGAGGUGUUAAAUUUAGAUUGACUGAAUCUAUCAUAAUGAGCCCUUUGCCUGAAAUUCACUGUGCCAUCCUAUAUAUGUCUACUCAGUAAGCCCAGUGGGGUUCAGUGGAGCUUACUCCAAGGUAGGUGUGCAUGGGAUUGCAGUUGUAAUUAUGGUUUGCCAUCAAUGCAGCUGUUAUCACAUCUCUAGUGGCUAUUGCAUCAUAGAAAUGGGAGAGCGUGCAUGUGCAUAUAUCUAUUUUUAGAAAACCUGCAUUAUUAGUGUAUAUAAUACAUGUUCGAGCUACCACCCAAUUAAAGAAAUCUUAAGCUGAUUCAUUGCGUGAGGUUUAGCCGGUCAAUCAGGUGAUUAAAUCUGCACAGGUUUGCAAAUGGGUAAAACAAUAACUGUGAAGAAAGGAACAUUCUAGUCAUUGCUGUUAGGUUGGAUGCUUCAGACGUUGUUGGACUCUCAUCAACACCAGCCAGCAUGGCCAAUAGUCAGGGAUAUUGGGAGCUUGAGUUCUACAACAUCUGGAGCCAUAAAGGUUCCCCACCUCUGUUUUGGAAGAUGCUUAUGUGCCCCAGCAAUCACUGCCUUUGAAUGAACUUUCCCUCUUAAGUAGAGUGGAAGGAUACCUCUUUGAAAGUGGUGACAACUACAGUGGUACCUCGGGUUACAAACGCUUCAGGUUACAGACUCAGCUAUCCCAGAAAUAUUACCUCGGGUUAAGAACUUUGCUUCAGGAUGAGAACAGAAAUUGUGUGGCAGCAGUGGGAGGCCCCAUUAGCUAAACUGGUAUCUCAGGUUAAGAACAGGUUAAGAACGAAUUCAGUUCUUAACCCGAGGUACCACUGUACGUGCAAUUAUUAUUAUUAUUAUUAUUAUUAUUAUUAUUAUUAUUAAAAAUAAACAUUUAAAAAAUGGAUGCCCUGCCCAAUUAAUUUGGGAUACCUUUUUCCACCAACCAAGAGGCUUUUAAACAGAUUAAUACAACUGACUGAGUGUAACUCUGAUGUAUAUUUCCCUCGUGCCCUAUAACACACUGUUUUUGCUGUCUACUCCAGCCGGGGUCCCCACGGACGGAAUAACGGAGCCUUGUCCUACAAGUCUGGAUCUAGCCCUCCUACCACGUCCCGCGAAAAGGACUUCCUGUCAAUGCUGUGCAAAAAUCAGUUGAGUCCCAUUAGCACCCACCCGAAUUAUGAGGCUUCUUCGGCCAGCAGCAGCAAUUCAGGCUCAUACAAGGGAAGUGAUAACAGCCCCAUUUUGAGGCAAGUGAGCUUCUCGCAGCUUUUUCCUCUCUCUGCCCCGCCAAUCACCUAAGCCCCCCUCCGUUCUCAGCUGUCAUCAGAAUCUCCAAUUGUAACUGAAGAUUUUCUUCGUUACAUGGUACAUCAGGCUCGUAAAUUCUCUAGGCAUUUCAGUGACAUCCUUUAGGCAUUUGAACAGGUGUGGUGGCAGUGACGACCCGCCAAACCAAUUAAUUUCCCUCCGAGGGAAGAAGCUUAGCAAAAGGCUGCGUAUUCCUUGCUAACUCGACAGUCUGCAAUAACGUUUCUUCUAUACAACCCUGUUGUGGGAUACUAUAGAAUUUAACCCUGCUUGCCAUUGCCUUGACCUGCAGCUGCUGCAAAAAGAGCCUCUGGUGUUGUCGCAUCGUGUGGUGUCCUUUGAUGUGUGACCCUCCUGACCUUUGUGUGGCCACUUCUUCACUUGAUGUCUUUACUAGAGGCAAAUGGGUGUUGCUUGCUAUUUUUUCCGUCUAGAAUACUUAAGUCUGCUCCAGGAAAUACGAUGUCCAGGAAGGGCAUAGCUCAGUGGUGGAAUGCCUGUUUUGCAUGCACUAGGUCUCAUCUUCGAUCCCUGGAAGCUCCGGGAAGGGCCUGGAAUGUACCCUUCCUGGAGAGCUUCUGCCAGUCAUUUCUCACUCCCCCACCACUGAACCUCCUCAACCUCCCAUUUUUUGUCCCUCGCAGAGCAUUUCCACCACCAAUGGGACACAGCACACACACCCUCCACUGUCCUGAAAAACCUCUUAAUCCCAAUUUUGUUUUAUUUCUUGGUAGAUUUUAGAAACAGGCAAGAUUCAAUGUGGACGCACAAAGCAUUUUUUAAUUAAAAGGGUCGAGACUCCUUGCACUCUAUUCACCCUUUCUUCCCGCACAGGGUAGCCCUGCUCUCUGCCUGCCCCCCAGCAGCUGCUACGAGCUGCCCAAGGGAGGAGGCCAGCAAUGGUGGCCAUGGAAAGGUAACAGGAUGCUCCCUUGCAGCUUGUCACUCAAGACAAGCGCCAGCUCAUUCUCCUCCCUGAGCCCACUGGUGAGAGGAAUAGGGACAUUCUGGGAUCAAAGCAGAAGCCAGGAUGGCUUUUGUAGUUCUGAAACUGUGCAUGGAAAAUAGGGACACUAGAAGGGGAUGAGCUGGAUGGACCAAUGGUCUAACCAAGCAUAUGGCAGCUCCUGUGUACCUAAUGUGAGGGUCACAGCCAUGGUUACAGUUCUUCUUGUGCCAUUGGCCAAUCAAAGUCCCAAGGUCCUUCUGGAUUAAAACAAAAGGCAUCAUUUGCUCACCUUGGCAGCGCAUGUGCUGCUCACCAAGCGUGCAAAUGUUUUCACCCCUUCUUUCGCGACAGUGAGCAACCAGAAGACUGUACUAUAGUUUCCACAUUGGAGUAUGACUACAUUGUUGACAUGCAAUGGUGCGGUGGUGAAUUCUGAAGUGCAGGCCCUCUUCCUGACAACCCCCAGAGCUAUGCCCCCAGAGCCACUCCUUCUGAGACCUGGCAACAAAAAUAUAGUUUUGACCAAUGCAGACCUUACAGCUUCAAUACGAAGCCAUUUCCCCUCAUCCGCUGCUCUUGGCUUUGCUGAACAUCCUGUCGGAUGAAGAGUUCUGGGGGCGGGGGGAGUCAGAAGCUUGCUCUUUAUAUCUGGUGAUAAUAAAGGGACUUGAGAGUUUUUCAAAAUAAAAGCAGCGCUCGGCUAUGCAUGCUUAGCGUGAUGGGAGGGUUCUCUCUGAGAAAAGCCUAUUUGUUUGGCAUGCAGAGGACUGGCAAAAGCAAUUGCUAUCAUUUAACACUGGCAAAUAUCAAUUACUAUCAUUUAACACAUGUCCUUUCCUUCUCUCCGCGCCGCCCGCCCAGCUGACCCAUGAAAUAAGUGCUGGUGGUGCUUUGUCCUGGCCUGUCCCUGCUUCACUACACCACAGGUUACAUUACAGGUGGGGAGUCAGUCUGGGUACCGCAGUUGCAGGAAGCAAUGUAGGGAGCCCGCUGGAAGAUGCUCCAGGGAAAAUGCAGAAAAGCAGCCCACUUUAUUGGAAAACACUUAGCAGAAUUAACUAUAUCUCUAGAAGGUGCUGAAAACUAAUUAGCACUUGCAUGCCAACAGGUUCUCACCCCCAAAAGCGUUCCAAAACCUUCUCCGACAGCAUCAUAGUUGUGGAUCCUUCCUGAUAUUUGUGAAAUCUGAAAUUAGGCAGUUUUUGUUGCUUUGUCACUUACUUACUGGAAUGGUGGAUGAGACAAUGUCUGCCUGCAAUACAAGCAGCCAGUAAAAGGUGCAUUCUGUCAACAGUCUGCCUCCAGUGUCAGACUGGUGGUUGACUCAAUUACUAUCAUUUAACACAUGUGCCUUUCCUUCUCUCCCACCCUCCAAGCCAUAUGUUUAAGUGGAGUUUUAAAGCCCAGUUAAACAUGCAGUCAGGCGGAGGGAGAGGAAAUGUGGGUCCCCUUUUCUCUCCCCACCCCCCGGUCCAUAUGCUUAAUCUUGGGGCUUUAUAUCCUGAUGAAAUAUAUGAUCCGAGACAGGGAGGUAGAUGCAGACUGCCUGCAUGUCUCAAUCUCCCCUCUCUUCUCACUGCCACACUGUCCCUUGCUUUGAGAGCCCUGAAUCCUUCUGAUGGACCUGAUCUGUUCCAAGUAGAUCUGGGGCCGCCUCAGUCCUAUGCACCCGAAUCCCAGGUUAACCAGGAUCGUCCCAAUUUGGUUUGGGAUCCAGUACACAGGCCUCACUAGGGCCUUUUAGGUAGGAGGGCCUUUUUGGUGAUGGCACCCAGAUCGUGGAUGUUGCCCUCUAGGUGUUGAACUGCAGUCCCCAUCAUCCCUGAACAUUGGGAUUAACCUUGAAUUUUCAGAACCUUGAACCUGGCCCAGUAACACAUGGGAAGCUUUAAGUAGCUGAAAUAUUUGUUGAUGGCAUCUGUCCCCAUCAACAGUUUAGCCUCAGCAAUUUGCACCAACUGGCGCUUCCAAGGGUAGUCUCCCACAUGUCAUGAUGUUGCACUGUUUAUUAUGAGUUAAUUUAUACUUUUAUAUUCCACCUUUCCUCAACAAGCCCAAGGUGGCCAACAUCAGACAUAAGCAACCUUUAAAAAACAACGUGACCACACCAAUAAAUAGUGACAUCAUCAUUAUCAUCAUUAUUAAGUUUGUUGUUGUUUAUUAUAACCUCCCUUCACCGUAAGGUCCCAGGGUGGGUUGAAUAUUAAAACACAAAAUUAAAAGCAGUUUAAAACAACUUGCAGUCACAAAAAUACCACAUUAUGAAAAAAAGAUUUUAAAAUACAUCCAUCAUCAGUAAUGACAGUUAUUUAACCUCAGCAAUUUAAAACAGCUUCAAAAAGGGAACAACCAUUUCAGUGCAACUUAUUCCCAGGUAAGUCUGUGUAGAACUGCAACCUAAAGCACCAGUUCUUGCCUUAAGCAGAAUGUAAACAUAAAAUUUGCAGGCACAACAACAUUUUUCUGUUGUAGGCGGCCGGCAAGAUACACCUCUUGUGGAGAGAACCACGGCAUCAAACCACCAAGCCCAGAGCAGUAUCUGACCCCUCUGCAGCAAAAGGAAGUUACAGUGAGGCACCUGAAAACAAAACUGAAGGAAUCUGAGAGCAGACUGCAAGAAAGGUAAGAGUUUCUACUAAUAGGGCCUUUUCAGUGAUGGCACCCUGAUUUCAGAUGCCCUUCUCAGGGAAGCUUGCUUAACAUGUACAUUAAGCGGCUUUAGUGCUGGGGUAGCCAACAUGGUUCCCUGCAGAUACUGUUGGACUACAACUCUUAUUAUUCCUGACAACUAGGAGUCCAUCACAUUGGCUACCCUGGGUGAAUGCAUGGAUGGCCUUCAAAACAUUGCUCCCAUCUUCCUGGAUCAUUGGCCUUGCUGGCUGGGGGCUGAUGCAAGAUGGAUUUUACCCCCUCCAAUCUGCCCCAGAGACUUGGAGAAACCCUCCAGAAGUGAUUUGAAAGAAGGGGGCAGGAGAUUGUGGGGGGUUGGAAUUGAAGGGGACUUUCAUUCACACCACAUUGGGUUUCAUCCACAACAUUCUUGCUUAAACAUGAGAACAAUCAAUGGCCCAAGAAACAGUUAUAUCAUGGGUAGGCAAACUAAGGCCCAGGGGCCGGAUCCAGCCCAAUCGUUUUCUAAAUCCAGCCCGCAGACGGUACGGGAAUCAGCAUGUUUUUACAUGAGUAGAAUGUAUUAUUUUAUUUAAAAUGCAUCUCUGGUUAUUUGUGCGGCAUAGGAAUUCGUUCAUUUCCCCCCCUUCAAAAUAUAGUCCGGCCCCCCACAAGGUCUGAGGGACAGUGGACCGGCCCCCUGCUGAAAAGGUUUGCUGACCCCUGGUUUAUAUAAUAGUUUUGGUGUUAUAAAAGCCAAUUUCUUGAUAUAUGGGUAUCUCUACUCUACCACAGGAGUAGGUAACAUGGUGUGCUCUCACCAUGAUUGUCAGAGAUGAUGGGACUUGUAGUCCAAUAGUAUCCAGAGGAGUUAACCAUGUCUAUGAGCUGACCAUGUCUGAUUCAAGCAGAAAACCUCUACCUUCCUUCAUGCAUCUUGUUCACCAUAUCUUUUCCCUCCUAGCUUGGUAACCUCAAAAGGGCAGGUUCUCCUCGCAGGAAAUGAUGCCUUGUUUUGUUUUGCCCUCCAUUCAGAGAAACAGAAAUCAAGGAACUCAAAUCUCAACUUGCCCGCAUGAGGGAAGACUGGAUUGAAGAAGAGUGUCAUCGGGUGGAAGCCCAGCUUGCCUUGAAGGAAGCAAGGAAGGAGAUCAAACAACUCAAGCAGGUUAUCGAAACCAUGAAGAACAGCUUGGCUGAGAAAGACAAAGGGAUUCAGAAGUAUUUUGUGGACAUCAACAUCCAGAACAAGAAGCUGGAGACCUUGCUCCAGAGCAUGGAAAUGGCACAGAACGGCUCUUGUCACGAGGAUCACAGCCUAGAUUAUGUGUGUGGGUCACCUGAUAAGUCUUUGACUCCAAGUGCGGCCUACUCCAAAAUGGCUGACAGCAUGCUCAUGGAAGACCACUCUGUGGAGGAUAUGGCAGAUAGCGGCGUAUUGCUUAGUGACGACGUGGCCAAUGGGAACGAUGUAUUUGAAGAGACAGCAAUGGACGCCACACUCGAACUCUUUACACCUUCCCCCUUAAACCAUUUGGAUCUCGUUAAAAACCUCACAAACGCCAAAGAAGAAGACGACAGCCACAGCCAUAGUUUGGCAAUGGAGCAGGCAGUUCAGGCUGAUGUGUUGCUGUACAGCUCAAGCAUGGAGCAGCUGAUUCAGAACAUAUUCAAGGCUCACGAGGGACGCCCCAUCAGCCCUUCUUCAGCUUCGAAAGAAUCCGACGGAUCUGGUCUCGAAAGCAUCACAGACUUGCUCGUGGACUUGACUCCAUGCGAUCCGAAUUCCGCUAUCCUUUUAUCCCCGCUGGAGUCGGCACACGAUGCUGUGGAUUCUAGGUAUUACGAAAACAGAGUCAUGAAGGAACUGGACUUCACAGACUAUCACGCCGAAGGCUUUGGGAAUGUCAUGAAGUUGUCCGAGAGGAGCGUUGUGAAAAGAUACUGGAGCAGCAGCUUCUUUGUUGAUGCUUUGGCCGUAGCCGCUCCCAUCCUGCCAACAGUAAUGUGGAUGUUCAGUACCCAGCGAGGAGGGACUAACCCUGUCUACAAUUUCGGAGCAUUGCUUCGAGGAUGCUGCUUGGUUGCCUUGAAUUCUCUCCGCCACGUACCCGUCAGCGUCCGACCCUAGAGGGAAUUCUUCUGUACAGUUGUGCCAAGAGCCUGAGUUGUGGUGGGUGUGGUUCUGGUUGCGUGAAUAUAAUGUUGGGUUCUGUCCGUCCUGCUCCUAAAUGUUUGAUUUGCACUAUAUUUAGUUCAGAACAUGUUCAUUGUUUGAAACUGAAGAAGAAGAAGGUGGCACAGAGACUUUCUGCCGCUAAAUGUAAACGCAAGUGCAUUUUUAUUUUUAUUUUUUAAAAGAAGCAUGCUAAGCACUUCUCGUUCUGUCGUCGGAUGUGUGGAUUGUGCUACCAAAUUGUUUUCAGAUGGGAGGGGAAAGUACACUCUUACAAAGGCAGCUUACAUAAGCCUCGCAUGUAUUGUCUGUCUGUGCUUCUUCGUGGUGCUUUAAUUAUGUAAUCGCCCCCUGCAUUCCACUGAUCCUGUGUACAAGGGGACCGUAAACCAAAAAUUAAAAAGAGAGGGGGAAAUGUUAUUGCAGAUGGGUGGGUGGGGAGUCUUGAAUCUUGUUAUUAGCCACGUUUAUAAAUAUGAUUGUGAAUAUAUUUUAUGAAGUCUGUUCAAAGUCUUAAAUGAAGUCUUACUCGGAACGUACUGUUGUCACACAAGUGUAUGAAGGAAUAUUUUAAAUGUAUGUGUACUAACUUAUUUUUUUUUCUUGUUAAAUAAUCUUUUAAGGAAAAAGAAGAAGAAUGCUUUAUAAUCACAAGCUAUAAGUAAAGCACGUUGAAACUG